UAGUAGUAGUAGUAGUAGUAGUAGUAGUAGUAGUAGUAGUAGUAGUAGUAGUAGUAGUAGUAGUAGUAGUAGUAGUAGUAGUAGUAGUAGUAGUAGUAGUAGUAGUAGUAGUAGUAGUAGUAGUAGUAGUAGUAGUAGUAGUAGUAGUAGUAGUAGUAGUAGUAGUAGUAGUAGUAGUAGUAGUAGUAGUAGUAGUAGUAGUAGUAGUAGUAGUAGUAGUAGUAGUAGUAGUAGUAGUAGUAGUAGUAGUAGUAGUAGUAGUAGUAGUAGUAGUAGUAGUAGUAGUAGUAGUAGUAGUAGUAGUAGUAGUAGUAGUAGUAGUAGUAGUAGUAGUAGUAGUAGUAGUAGUAGUAGUAGUAGUAGUAGUAGUAGUAGUAGUAGUAGUAGUAGUAGUAGUAGUAGUAGUAGUAGUAGUAGUAGUAGUAGUAGUAGUAGUAGUAGUAGUAGUAGUAGUAGUAGUAGUAGUAGUAGUAGUAGUAGUAGUAGUAGUAGUAGUAGUAGUAGUAGUAGUAGUAGUAGUAGUAGUAGUAGUAGUAGUAGUAGUAGUAGUAGUAGUAGUAGUAGUAGUAGUAGUAGUAGUAGUAGUAGUAGUAGUAGUAGUAGUAGUAGUAGUAGUAGUAGUAGUAGUAGUAGUAGUAGUAGUAGUAGUAGUAGUAGUAGUAGUAGUAGUAGUAGUAGUAGUAGUAGUAGUAGUAGUAGUAGUAGUAGUAGUAGUAGUAGUAGUAGUAGUAGUAGUAGUAGUAGUAGUAGUAGUAGUAGUAGUAGUAGUAGUAGUAGUAGUAGUAGUAGUAGUAGUAGUAGUAGUAGUAGUAGUAGUAGUAGUAGUAGUAGUAGUAGUAGUAGUAGUAGUAGUAGUAUAGUA